CCCGCCUCCACGUCUGAAUGACGUCGGCUUUGGCCAAUCGCCGCUUCCGCCAGCUUCUACGGUCGCUAGCAAGCAGCAAGGUCAGCGGUAGCUGUCAGACACAGUGAGCAUGCUGGGCGCUCGUCUCAUCUACAAUGCUGCCAGGCGAGCAGGUCCGCCAUGCUCUCAGACACUGGUCCGACCUUUCAGUCUGGCUCCUCAGAUGCAUUCAUUUAAGUACGUAAAUGCCAGAGACGAGCUAACUGACCUAAAGUCUGUGACCGACAAAGCGGCUCAAACGUUGCUGUGGACAGAGCUUUUCAGAGGCUUGGGAAUGACCCUCAGUUACUUGUUUCGGGAGCCAGCCACUAUUAACUACCCAUUUGAGAAAGGUCCAUUGAGCCCGCGGUUCCGUGGGGAGCAUGCACUUCGCAGAUAUCCAUCAGGAGAGGAGCGCUGUAUCGCCUGCAAGCUUUGUGAAGCCAUUUGUCCUGCUCAGGCCAUCACAAUUGAGGCAGAACCUCGUGCAGAUGGGAGUCGCAGGACCACAAGAUACGACAUCGACAUGACUAAGUGUAUCUACUGUGGGUUUUGCCAGGAAGCCUGUCCUGUGGAUGCCAUUGUGGAGGGUCCCAAUUUUGAGUUCAGCACGGAGACCCACGAGGAACUCCUGUACAACAAAGAGAAGCUCCUAAACAAUGGCGACAAAUGGGAGGCUGAAAUUGGGGCAAAUAUUCAGGCCGACUUUCUGUACCGCUGAGUCUUAAGUGACUCCUUUUGAACAUUCAAAACCAACUUUUGCGCACACAGAACACAAACCAAUCCAAAAUCCGCCCGUAAGUCUUGUCAUCAUGCAGAGCACUUAUCCACGCGUCCACUCCAUGCCGGGUCAAGUCCAGGCUAAUGACUGGAUCCCUGCAGUAACACUGUCUUAUCCAUAACCUUGAGAUGUACAGAGUGCUGUGUCCUGCUAAUUUGGUCCUUUCUCUUUAUCCAGGAGGAAUCCAGUAGGGGAAACCACCACUCCUAAUGUCACCUAAUAAAGGUUCAUACUUCUAUUUUA